CCACCUCCUCCAUCUCCACCUCAUCCAGCACCGAGACCAGACUUCCACCCGCGUCGCUCAUAGUAAAACCAGGCACGCCGCUCCCUGCCCCCAGACUUCUCCCAGCCACGGCACCGGGAGUCUCGAUCAUUCACCCCCGGAGGUGCGUCCCGUUCAUCCGCUCGCCGAUCCGUUCCGGUCCGGUCCGAUCGCUUCCCCACUCUGGAGAACAGUUUUUCCCCCUGGAAGCUGGAUGAAUUAUUGGAGAGUUGUGAACAAGUGCGAGAAGAAAUCUGCCUCCGCUGACUAGACUCAGCCAGAGUAGUGGAGGAUAAUGGAGGGGACGUCCCUGUACCUUCCUAUUGUUAUUUUACUCAUGCAAUGUUCCCCCUCCUUUCCCGUUACCGUGUCAACCGCCGGACACAAGGUGGAGGUGCGCGAGUUCUCAGACGCGGUGCUGUCCUGCACGUUCCGCACGGAGAAAGACCAGAACCCGCGCAUCGAGUGGAAGAAGAAGGGGAAAGAUGUGUCUUUCGUGUACUUUGAGGGACACUUCAAAGGUCCCUUUGAGGACCGCGCAACCAUCGACGGGGCCACCGUCACGCUGAGAAGGGUGACCCAGGAGGACGCUGGGGAGUACCGCUGUGAGAUCAGUGCUCCUCUCGACAACGUCAGCCUGGGCGAGACCAACGUCACGCUCAAAGUCCUGGUGCCCCCACACACCCCGUCCUGCGAAAUCCCCAGCGGGGCAGUGACGGGCUCAGUGGUGCAGCUGAGCUGUAGGGACCAGCAGAGCAUCCCGCCUGCUACCUACUCCUGGUUCAAGGACAACCAGCCGAUCAACCCGCCACGCCACGCCAAUGCCACUUAUCUAAUCAACUCACACACAGGAUUGCUGGAGUUUAAAGCCGUAGCCAAAGAGGACACCGGUCGAUACAGCUGCCUGGCUUCGAACGGAGUUGGACCGGCCAAGAUGUGCGAGGGCAAGCACAUGACGAUAGAGGACGUCAACGUCUUGGCCGUGGUGACGGCAGUGGUGGUGGUCUGCCUGCUCAUCGUGAUCUGCGGAUGCGGGGGAUACCUCUUGCACCGCAACGGCUUCUUCAGCCCAGGACACAGAGGAAGGUCAUUUUGGAUCUCCCAGUGUCAUGGUGCAGCCCACAUCAGCAGCCAAACCCUGCACAGAACUGAGGACACGUCCAAUGUCAACUAUGUCCCUCCGCCCCAAGAACCCCAGGAUUUCAAACACACCCAGUCAUUCAUGCUCUGAGAAGCCAGCCUUUCCUUCGAGAACACAUCAGCCUCGUGACAAGGUGCCAAACAUUGGAUUCUCUGAUUUAUUUCUUCUCGCUGGAUUCCGGAAUGAGCUCUUGAUCUUCCAACACAUGCUCAUUUCAAUCUUCUCCCUUUCUCACUCCUUUUUGGACGGACAGAAAACGUACAAGGCUUCUUCUUUCUCUCUCUCAGUCACUGAUGUUUUCUGCUCUUUUGGGAUCAAGUACAUUUUCACGGUGUUCUGCUCCCCCCUGGUGGUCAGAUGUUGAAAUUUCAAUCGAUAUUUUCCGAGGGAUCCAGUGACUUGAGGAGCUUUCUACAGACUUUGUUUCUUCCCUCUGCAGGCCAAUUGUUUUGACUACCUUUGUUUUCGUUUACCAAAGACUCACCAUUUAACUUAAGGGGAUUUAUUUGCUUUAAAAUAUUGAAUCAUCACAAGGGAAUUAUGCUUUAAGCAAUAGAGAAAUAAUUGAUUUCAAUCUACUCAAACAUAAAUACUACUCAAACAUUUACCUCAGCAUCUGCCAAUGUUUUGUGGCCCCUGGGACCCCAUGUUAGAGAAGACCCUUAUGAUUUUAGUGACAACAUGAAACCAUGGAUGAAUUAUAUAAUACAUUCAUGUAUGAAACCAGACAAAGCCAGUCCAGGAGAACAGGAAGCCACUCGAGCCAAUUCUAUUGAGACCAACCCCAUUCCACCCUAAUGUGCCUGCAUGGUCUUUAUAUAUAUAUAUAUAAAUACACACACACACACACACACACACACACACACACACACACACACACACACACACACAUAUAUAUUAUAUACCUUGUGCCUUUUUUAAUUUGUCAUAUUUAUCUAGGGAUCACACUUUUUUGUAAAGAACUUGCCUUACUUUUUUCUGUCUUUAUAUUUUUGUGCCACUGAUUAUCAAUGUUAAUCAAACUGGAGUGUCUGUUUUUAGACAGUGUGGGAAUGGGUUGUUCAGAGUUUUAUUUGAAUGGUGUAUAUGUAAUAAAAAUGUUUUUCUAUUCAAAAA